GCGCGCGGCAACAUGGCUCUAAACGGCGCCGGUGAGGGUCUGGGCUGCGAGGGCCGGUGGCCGCGGGGCCUGGCAGGCGGCUCGCUCGGGCACGACCCCUCGGCGCCCUGUGCGUCUCUCCCCCCAGAGGCCGACGCCUUCUCGUGGCAGCCCCCAACCGAGGCGGAGACGAAGGUGCUGCAGGCGCGGCGGGAGCGGCAGGAUCGCAUCUCGCGGCUCAUGGGCGACUACCUGCUGCGGGGCUACCGCAUGCUGGGCGAGACGUGUGAGGACUGCGGGACGAUCCUCCUGCAAGACAAGCAGCGGAAAAUCUACUGCGUGGCGUGUCAGGAGCUCGACUCGGACGUGGAUAAAGACAAUCCGGCACUGAAUGCCCAGGCUGCCCUCUCGCAAGCUCGGGAGCACCAACUCGCCUCUGCCUCGGAGCCGCCCCCAGCCUCACGAUCCACUCCUCAGCCCCCAGUCCCACGUCCUGAGCACUGCGAGGGAGCUGCAGCGGGGCUCAAGGCAGCCCGGAAACCAGCCGCCCCUGCCGUUCUUCCCAACACAGAUGUUGUGGCCUCCACACAGGAGGCGCUCUUGCAGAAGCUGAGCUGGGCAUCGGCGGAGCUGGGCCCCAGCACCUCCCUGGAGACUAGCAUCCAACUGUGUAGCCUGAUCCAGGCUUGCGCUGAGGCUCUGUACACCCUACAGCAGCUGCGCCACUAAGCGGCCCUUCCUCCUUCCAGUGAAAAUCCUCUAGAAAAACA